CACCAGGCUGACCUCCAAACGGGUCUGACCAGUUCGGUUCUGAUGGGAUUCCUUGUGUCACUGCUCAGGGCCCCUCCCCACAGAGUGACCUGCUCCUCCCCCACUCCUUCCUAUAAAGCCUCUUGGAGAUCCCAGGCACCCAGACUCUGCCCACCCCCGACUCCGGGGGCCUGAAGGUACCAUGAUGAUCAACUGGAAGCUGUUGGGGAUUGUGCUGCUAUGUUUGUGUGCCAGAGGCACCUCAGGCAACGGAGACCCCCCGUCCCUCACAUCCACAGAGGCCCAAGAGGAGGACUCCCCAGUGUUGCCUCAGGGCCCUCCAAUCCCAGGUGACCCCUGGCCCGGGGCGCCCCCUCUGAUCGAGGACCCUCCACCUCCAGGCCUCAGUCGUCCCUGGAGAGACCUGCCGGAUUCCGGGGUCUGGCCUCCUGAGCCCCCUACAACCACUCCUCCUCAGCCUCCCCGGCCUGACGACCCCUGGCCCGCGGGAGCCCAGCCUCCAGAGAACCCCUGGCCACCUGCCCCCGAGAUGGACCACGGCGCUCAGGAGGAGCCAGACCUUGACCCUCCCCGGGAAGAAUAUCGAUAA